AUGUUCAAAUUCAUCGCAAUUGUUGUGCUCGCUCUGGUUGCCUGCGUUGCCGCCAAACCAGGAAUUGUUGCUCCUCUGGCCUACUCAGCUCCCUACGUAGCCGCCUCGCCCUACGUUGCAGCCUCGCCGUACGUCGCCGCCGCUUCGCCCUACAUCGCCUCGCCCUAUGUGGCCUCUUCGUAUGUAGCCUCCCCCUAUGUAGCCUCCCCCUAUGUUGCCUCGCCCUAUGCCGCCGCCUACACCGCGCCUCUCCUGCUCCGUAAGUGA